UUGGAAUACCAUUUUAUUAUGCAAAGUGCAUUAAUAUCGACUGACGAUGAUUUCUAGGUUAACGUGUACAGUUGAAACCCACAAACAAGUUCUUUAUGACAGAGCAUAAAAUGAGACUUUAUAGGUAAUUUUAGAAAAGGUAAACAUACAUUUUUGGUGCUGAAAUAUUCUGUUACAUAUUGUUGAUAUGUUCCCCCAGUGUGACGGGGGAAUUCUGCGCUCAUAUUCUUCUGUUUUUGUUGUCAGUAACAACACUUAAAAACUGAUUUCACUGGUUUAAUUCCUUUGGUUUUUCUGUAUCUGCCCUUUACUGAAGACAGUGAGACAUAUAUUGUGCUCAAAUAUUUUUCUUGUGUGAGGACCAGUCGAUGAGUCGGUAUGUACUGUAUUUGAUGUAUGUACAUUUUCCUUUACUUGGGAGAGCGGCUGUCCCCUCUGUCACAAUCGGGGCAGCGAUCCGCACUCCGGAGCAGUAGGUGGCGCUACACACCACUCAGCUGGGGAUGCAAACUUGCCUCAAGCACCGCCGAAGAAGACAGCAGGAAGCAAUGGCUUGCUAAGCUGUGAUGGACCCGUUGGAAAAUGCCGAACCCCAAGGCUAUAAAUGGGGAAAAGGCACAGACGAUUCGGCUUCUCGCACCGCCUGGGCCCGCUUCUCUUCCUGGCUGGAGUGCGUUUGCGUCGUUACCUUUGAUCUGGAGUUCGGGCAAGCCAUCGAGUUGGUUUAUCCCCAAGAUGUGAAACUUACGGAAAAAGAGAAAACCAGCAUAUGCUAUCUGUCCUUCCCAGAUUCUUACUCGGGGUGCCUUGGAGACACUCAGUUCAGUUUCAGGCUGCGGCAGUCUGUGGGACAGAGGGGCUCUUGGUUUGGAUCAGAGGACACUUACAGCGGGGACGCUCCAGUCACUCUGCAGAGAGACCUGGCGCAUUACUUUGGGUAUGUCUACUUCAGGCAAGUCAAAGACGUCUCCGUCAAAAGAGGGUACUUCCAAAAGUCCCUAGUCUUCAUUUCCCGGCUGCCUUACGUCAGCCUCUUCCAGUCCCUGCUGCAGCUUGUAGCACCAGAGUUUUUUGAGAAGUUGGAGCCUUGUCUUGAAGCAGUUUGCAAUGAGAUUGACCAGUGGCCUGCCCCAGUGCCAGGGGUGACCCUCAACCUGCCAGUGAUGGGAGUGGUGAUGCAGGUCAGGAUCCCAACAAAGAACGACAAGCUGGGAGGGAGCCCCUUGAAGCAGGCACACAAGGAGAAUCUGCUGCCAGCCCCAGUGGUCCUGCCCACAGUGCACGAGCUGGACCUGUUUAGGUGUUUCCAGUCUCUUCUGAUCCACAUCCAGAUGCUUUGGGAACUGGCUUUGCUAGGAGAGCCGCUGGUCGUCAUGGCGCCCUCCCCGACCACCUGCUCGGAAACUGUCCUGGCCCUCGUCAGCUCCAUUGCUCCGCUCAAGUACUGCUGCGACUAUCGUCCGUACUUCACGAUCCACGACAGCGAGUUUAAGGAGUACACCACCAGGACACAAGCGCCGCCCAAUGUCAUCCUGGGGGUAACCAACCCAUUCUUCAUCAAGACCUUCCAGUACUGGCCCCAUGUCAUCCGCCUGGGAGACCUUAAGAUGUCCGGUGACUUGCCAAAGCAAGUGAAGGUAAAGAAGCUGGCCAAGCUGAAAAGCCUGGACACCAAGCCAGGCGUAUACACGGCAUAUAAAACGUUUCUUCACAAAGAUAAGGCCCUCAUUAAAAGGCUCUUAAAGGGCAUCCAGCGAAAGCGCCCUUCCGAGGUACAGUGCGCUAUCCUGAGGCGCCACCUGCUGGAACUCACGCAGAGCUUCAUUAUACCCCUGGAACGUUACCUGGCCAGCCUAAUGCCCCUUCAGAAGUCAGUGACACCAUGGAAGACGCCCCCCCAGAUCCGGCCUUUCAGCCAGGAGGAGUUCAUGAAGACACUGGAGCACGCUGGCCCCCAGCUCACCUCUGUGCUCAAGGGUGACUGGAUGGGCCUGUACAGACGCUUCUUCAGGUCCCCAAACUUUGACGGGUGGUUUCGCCUCAGACACAGAGAGAUGACGCAGAAACUGGAGUGUCUUCACCUGGAAGUCAUCUCUGAAGCUGACCUCGCAGCGUGGAUCCAAGACAAGUCCGAGGUGGAGAUCGUUGACCUUGUGCUGAAGCUGAGGGAGAAGCUGACCAAGGCCCGCCGGCAGCAGCUCCCAGUGAAGGAGGAAGUGCUGCAGAAGCAGGAGAAGCAUGUGGAGACAGUCAUCUGCUCCCUGCCGGAGGACCUGCAGGCCGUUCUGCUUCGCCGCUGACCACUUUCGACCCCCCCCCCAUACACACAUCUCCUCACCACUUCCUAUCAGCUGACAGUCAGUUUUAAUCUUUUAAUCACACCCCACUCCAUUUUAGGUCAGAAAACACACUACGCACCUAAGGUUUCAUGCCUGUAACGCAGCAUGACAUGGAGGAGCACAGAAAGGCCCGAAAACGGCUCUUUCCUAAACUGAGCUGUUCCAGGUUCCACCUUCCUCCGAAGCUCGAGGUGCGACCUGCGACCCUGUCACUAAUUGGUCACGUACCAUGCUCACGCUUGUAAGCCAGUUCCCCUUAAUGCAGCCAGUGUUUAGGAAGGGCCCUGCUUGGCUUAGAAAUAGAUUUAGCAUGAAGUCACACUAGUUAGUCUGAGCAAAAUGUUGCAUCAUUAUUGCAGAUGUUGGAACUUUUGCCUUGUUGUGUAUGUGAGUAUUUUUCUUGGGUUUAUGGAAGCUCCUGCAUUGCUUGGGAUUCAUAAAAACACAAAAACACUUUUAGGUGGAUAGUGGAGAUGCAUUAGGAUUUCAUUAGCAACUGUGAAGGUUGCCUGUUGUAAUAGAUUCAUUAACAUUGAACCAGCUUUCAGAUACACUGUCAAGAUGAGCUCUGCACUGAAUUUAGUAGUAGUUAUUUUUGGUUUAUGAUAUUUAUUUUUUUAUUAUUUGUGAGAAAAAAAGACUUUUAUGCAUGUCUAAAAUGUCUCAGUGCUGUACCCCGAACAUAAACGCUGCACAUGCUUUGAGGAGGCCAUCUUUUGCUGGACCUCAUCUGCUGGUGCUGCCAGGCCGAGCUCACAGCCUGUCCCUAACUCCUGUCACCAUGCCUCUCCUGUGACACUGGAGCAAACGGCUGGCCCUUGUAAUGUCCCCCCUCCCCAAUACACAGGUGCAGUGUCCAGUUGGGCCCACAGCAGCUCUGAGCUGGUACUGAGAGCCUGAAAAGCCGACCCGUGCAUCUACAGCAGGCUGAUGUGCAUUAACAUGUAAUAUGAUGCAGGAGUGUGGCAUUCUGGGAUGUCAGCGCUGCUCCAGGUGCUGAACCUUCUGACAAAGGUGACCUGAGCUGGACAACUGAUCCUGAGUCAGUGAUUACAUUUAUUAUUAUUUAUCAUUGAUGGUACUUAAUCAUCUUCAGUCCUCGUUUAGGUGUAUGAACUGGCUUAUUUAUUUAUUGCAUCACUACACUCUCACUAUUGAUACCGACAAAUCUGAACAGGUUCCUAAUAAAACAGAAAAGCAAUGUGA